AUGACACGGUGGCUCGAUGAAGAGGUGAGUGAGGAGAAGCUGGAGCCCAUGCCGCCGCCGCCAGCGCCCCGAGCUCACCCGGACUCAUACACCACGCGCUCCAGUCAACGGCGAAGGCCCCAAUGCAAUUUCAGCGACGCGGGGGACGAAGGUUUGACGCCGCAGCCGCCUCCAGUCCCGCACACCCAUCCGCUGGUGGCAUUGAGUGAUGAGAGGGCGCGCAACGUCAAGAUACAGCGAGAAGGCGGCGGUAUGGCCAUCCGAAGCAGCGAGAGGACCUACAGACGUCACCCGAUUGCCACGGGCAAGCGACUGAACACGGCGUUCCUAAACCGUUCGCGCAUUACAGCGUUCGCAGAGCGGGAGAGCCCCGAACCAGAGGAAGAGAUGGACCACCCCUUUGCAGUCGAGACACAGCACGCCAGUCGAGCUAUUGAACUGCAAUUGCAGCAGCAAGGUGAGGAGAUGGAGAUGACGCCGGAGCUGCAGCCGCUGGGUGAAGAGGAGCGCACUAAGGCCGCGACGGAGGCGAGUGCCAGACGUCGCGAGCUGCUGCAAGCUGCUCGUCGUGCCGCGAGUGAGAGCAGAUGGAGCGGUGAGGAUACAGAGUAUGGUGGAGAACUAGCGAAUGGAAGGGGUGCGAGCGCGCUGAAACGCCAUAGUGAGAGGAAAGUGCGGAAACAGCUUAACGCCAAGUGGCUGCAGUCUCGACAGGACCCUGCGAACCGCCCCAAGGGGCCGCUAGAAAGACCCGAGGAGAGAGAUUUGAGGGAGACGCUGUUCCGGACCACGGCAAGAAAUUUAUUGCGCUCAGGGGUGCUAUACGAUGAAGCGGAUGCAGCACGGAAUGCUACGUUCAAACCGAUGAGUAGGUCGCAAUUGCCUGUCGUGUCAAGUGGGAUUGUGGGGCUGCCGGGAUGUUGUUUUGAGCACUACGACUCGUAG